CUCUGCCUGCGGCGGCAGAGACGCCGGCAGCGCUGCCGCUGCGCCCCGAAGUCCUGCGGAAAAUCGGGAAAUUCUCAGCCACCUUUGGCGGUCGGAAAAUAGUGCAGAAAUUGAUUGAAGGCAAUGGAAUCGGAGACGAAAGCCAGUGGCGAGGAGAUGCAGCAGGAAAGCGCCUCGGCGGUGCCCAUGGACACUCUGGACCCGCCGCCACCGAGUACCAGUUCCAAGACCCUGAAACGCUGCCUAAGUGUACCCAUAAUCCGGACUCCGCCGGCGGGAAAAUCGGGCAAGACCCCGAUGACGACACGAGCAGCGGCAGCAGCUGCUCUGGCGGCCAAGGAGCACGAGCAGACGCCCAAGAAGAGCCAACCGGUGCUGGAUAUCCAGAUGCCGAAUGUCCCAUCCAUCGAUUGCUUCGGCAAGAACAUACACAUACGAUCGCAGCCCAAUUCGAGGGAGGUAUCCCCGGCGCCCGUCUUCAAUAUAUUCACUCCUCGAGCCCGGCGAUAUUCGGCCAGCUACAGUCCAUUGACCACGGCGGCCAAUGGAGCCACACUUUGCCUAACGCCCCGGGUUUCCCAACUGAGGCAGGAAGAAUGCGCCGAUCUCAACAGCCGGGAGGUCAAUCACGAGCGCGAAGUUCAUCGGGAAAUACAAAUCUCGCAGAGCUGGGAGGACCUCACGCUGGUGGCCGAGAACUGGUCAUGCAAAUCGGACGAGUUCUCCAACCCCCUGCAGGUUAGCCUGCCACCCACGGGCAGCACCGGCUGCUCCAGUCCCAGUCCCACGAACAAUCGGGCGGGCAUGAGAUUGCCCUACUCCCCGUCGCCCACGAGGCGCACAUUUGCCACCAGGAGAUCGAUGUCCCCCAUCGCCAUGAGGCCAUCUCAACUGGGUCCCGUCAAGCGGAAGUUUGAGCUGGACGACAAUCCCACGCAGGGCAGCAACUGGAGUGUCUACUCUCCUCCGCCACUGAAAAAGAUAUUCACAGAAAGUCGUGGCUCCUCACCGGUGUGCCAAUCGCCCUCGUCGGUGUGUCCCAGUCCUGAUUCCGGAACCUUUGAUGGCCGGAUAACACCCAAGCUGCUCAUCUCGAAGCUGUGCACAAAUAACACGGUGAGCGGAGGUGGUCUAAACAAUAACAAUAGCAGCAGCUCGGGCUGUCCGUCGCCCGUUUCCGCUUCGCCAGGAGGAGUGGGCAGUGGGCCCAAUCUGGAGGCGGCCAUGUGCCUCGUUUCCGGCGGAAGCCAAAGCCAAAGCAUCGACGAGGGCAUCUCGAUACCAGAAUCGGAGACGCUCUCCUCCUGCCGCAGUCGCACCUCCUCCAUACUGUCCACCGCAUCGUCUAGCACUCAGGUGCUGGUCAACGACCUGGUCGACGAUGCCACUCUAAUGGACGAUGCCAAAAGCGAGACAUCCUCCAUCGGUGGAUGCUCCACCAUCAGCAUAGAGUCCUCCUCCUGCGAUAGUGGUGCCAAAACGGCAGCCACUUUCCUCAAUCGCCUGGUGGUCGAUUCGGAUGGCGGGGGUUCGCCGCUGGCACAGAAGAGCUUCUAUAUCAACAAGCAGGGAUUGUCGGGCGCCAAGAAGUUCGUUGUUAAUCACGAAAGAACAGGAGCCACCGGCAAGGAUGUGCCGCAAAAGCUUUAAGAAUCGGGUGGAGUUUCGUACGCAGUUUAGCUUAGCUUAGGGGUCGAUUUUAGGGAUGCUUAAAAAUUGAAAUAAUCUCAGGCGCCAAGAGUUCAUCUUUGGUUCAUUUUAUGUAAUUUACUUUGAAAACUAUAGGAACUGCAUUAACUUGUUAAUUGUUCACGUAUAAGAAAGCGAAAAGAACAGCCAUGCCUCUUGUCUUCCAAAAAACUUAUAUUGCAAAGUGUCAAAAAACGAUUUAAAUGCAACUUGAAGGUAAUGCUCAAUAUUAAAUUGCAUUUCCAUAAAUAUUAAAGAUGCAAAGAAAGAUGAUAAACAUAGAAAAUGCAGUUUUUCAAAAAUGUACCUAUACCCUAGGUGCACAACAUGAAAGCAAUAAUCGAAAUAAUGCCUUUGAAAAAACAUUUCAAAUCAAAAGUAAUGUAAACAGUAAACAUUUAAAAUUUUAAAAUGUUCUGUAGUAUUCAAAGCUAAGUUUGCUUAAAAAGUCCAAAGAUCAAAUAGUGGUACUAUGAUUUUUGUAAAAAAAAAAUCGACCCAAAACACCCAAUCACAUGCACGCUUUAGUUGGGGGCUCUCAUCGAUCCCCCGACUUGCUAAAUAUUAGUCCGUAGCUUCGUUGUACAUAGUUAAGUUGUUUGUCUCAAGUUCUAAACCAUCUUGCAUAUCAUCUAUCAAAAAACACACACUCUCUCGCCCUUUCAUCCCUAGCAAACAUUUGUUUUUAAUGUGUUAGCCUAAGGUUUAUAAUAUAUAGCCAGAGUUUUUCCCCGAUGCUUGUGUUAUGAUAUGUUUUUCAUUUACAAUGUUUCGAUUAAACAAUCCCUUUUUUGUAUCUAAGUUUAAAGUUAAUACGCCCAUAUACCAUAUAUGGUUACUUUAGUUCCGUUAUUAGUCGCCGCCUCACCCUAGAAUUAGCUAAAAAAAAAACCCAAUUUUGCCAAAUAUGUUUCCUCUAUGUAUGUAAUCCAACAUUAUAUUGCCUAUAAUGUGAUCCAAUUUAAUCGAGGCGAUAUCUGCGCGUAUCCCUAAUCACAAACUGAUCGAUAUAUAUACGCAUAUAAAUUAUAGGUUUACAAUUCGAUUCUAGUUAUGGUAAGCGAAUUUACGUAGUUUCAGAAAAGUUAUACUUAGAAACGAUAGAAUUGCCUAUUAAACAUUUUUCAAUAGAUCACAA